AUGGCGGUGUCAGAUAUCUUGGUCCUGGUCACCUCUGUAAUACUAAACCGGAUUGCUGGGAUUUAUUUCCCAUACAGUUUCCUGUCCAUCACUCCGGUGUGCAGUCUCCGUACUGUCUUAACUUCCACUGCCGUCGACAGCUCUACUUGGUUAACUGUUACUUUCACCUUUGAUCGAUUUGUCGUGAUUUCAUGUCAGAAACUGAAGAUAAAAUACUGCACCAAGAAGACAGCAACAUGCGUCACAGGAAUCGUGUCUGCUUUGUGCACUAUAAAAAGUGCAUUUUCGUAUUUUAUAUAUGAACCUCUGUACACAUUUAACAAUGUACCCUGGUUCUGCAAGCCAAAGUUAAUAUUUUAUCUGUCACCUGCAUGGAUCGCAUAUGAUUUAAUUCGUUGCAUUUUCAACCCUCUUCUCCCCUUCGUUCUGAUUUUACUGUUAAAUGCUUUGACCGUUCGAUAUAUUCUCGUGGCCAAUAGAGCCAGGAGGAGACUCAGGGCCCAGAGCCACGGAGAGAAUCAGAAUGACCAAGAGAUCGAGAAGCGGAGGAAGUCCAUUGUUUUACUCUUUGCCAUAUCAGGCAGUUUCCUCUUGUUGUAUUUCUUAUUUUUUAUAACGAUUCUCUAUGUCCAAAUUGCAAAAGUUUCCUACUUCUCUGGUUCAGAUUUCAGUGAAUCGACUUUUAUCCUCGAGGAAAAUGGAUUUAUGUUUUUAUUUUUGUGUUCCUGCAUCAACCCAUUUAUUUAUGCUGGAUCCCAGAACAAAUUCAGAGUCGAGUUAAAGAAUGGGCUGAAAUAUCCAUUGCGUCGAUUUCUUAAAUGA